ACAGAGAAAUGUUUGCAGAAUUGCUGUGCGGCGCCGUGGCUCUGGUCCUGUAUGUCAACACUCUGGACGCCGAUUUCUGCUACGAUGACAGUCGUGCAAUCAAGACCAAUCAGGAUCUGCUUCCAGAGACCCCCUGGACAAAUAUCUUCUACGAUGACUUUUGGGGCACCUUACUCACUCACAGUGGCAGCCACAAGUCCUACAGGCCCCUCUGCACCCUGUCAUUCCGCCUCAACCAUGCUGUGGGUGGGCUGGAGCCCUGGGGUUACCACCUGGUUAACGUGGCCCUCCACGGGGCUGUGACAGGCCUGUUUACCUCGCUAGCUCGCCUGCUGCUCGGAGGAGGCCUGUGGAGCCUGCUCGCUGGCCUGCUCUUCGCCUCUCACCCCAUCCACACCGAGGCGGUGGCGGGCGUGGUGGGCCGGGCCGAUGAAGGUGCCGCCCUGUUCUUCCUGCUGUCUCUGCUGUGCUACAUGCGUCACUGCCAGCUGCGCGGCCACGCCGGGCCCUGGCGACUCGUGGCCUGGUUCCUGGGCAGCCUGGGCUGCGCUGCAUGCAGCAUGCUGUGGAAGGAGCUCGGAGUGACCGUGCUGGCCGUAUCGGCGCUGUACGACGUCUGUGUUUUCCACAAGCUCAAGUUGCGACAGGUCAUCAUGCUCCUCUACAAGAGAAAGAACGUCCACCUGCUGCUGAAUGUGUUUCUGCUGGCAGCCUGGGGAGCCGUCCUGUUGGCCUGCCGCUUCUACUGGAUGGGUAACAAACCCCCCAACUUCUCCAACUCAGACAACCCGGCAGCCGACUCACCCUCGCUCCUCACCAGGACUCUAACCUUUUCCCACUUGCCUGCCGUCAACUUUUGGCUUCUCCUUUGCCCGGACACGCUCAGCUUUGACUGGUCAAUGGACGCCCUGCCUUUGAUCAGGAGCCUUGCCGAUUGGAGGAACGUUCACACUGUGGUCUUCUACCUUGGGUUGCUCUUGCUGGCUUGGUUCAGCCUGAGGACGCACCAGUCGGCUAAAGGCAAGGAGACCAAUGGCAAAGCGCAUCAUUACACCAAUGGCAAAAAUGGGAACAGUAAUGGGCACAGUUACCAAUAUAACAAUCAUGAACAUUUGAACAAUUCUCACACAGACGGUCACAUUAAUAGUGCACAGAAUGGUACCAAAAAGCACUACGAGAGCAGGACUCCGCUGCCCACCACUGAAAAUGUUGUGGUGUUCUCGCUAGGCCUGUUGGCUAUCCCUUUCCUCCCUGCCACAAACUUGUUUUUCUACGUGGGGUUUGUGAUAGCAGAGAGAGUACUGUACAUCCCCAGCAUGGGCUUUUGCUUGCUGGUGGCGGUGGGGAUGAGGUCUCUGUACGUCCGUCUGCGACGCAGGUCCUCCAAGACGGUGUUGGUGUACUGCAGCGCUGCCGUGGUUCUUCUUUUCGGUGUCAAAACUGUUUUGAGGAACCGGGACUGGCAGAAUGAGGAGAUGCUCUACAAGUCAGGGAUUUAUGUCAAUCCUGCUAAAGCAUGGGGCAACCUUGGAAAUGUCCUGAAGAGCCAGGGCGAGAUGGAGGAGGCUGAACAGGCGUACAGAAGUGCCCUCUAUUACCGGAGCAACAUGGCUGACAUGCUGUAUAACCUCGGUUUGCUGCUACAGGAGAGCAACAAGUUCUCAGAGGCACUCCACUACUAUAAGCUGGCCAUUGGGAGCCGGCCAACCCUGGCUUCGGCUUACUUGAACACAGGCAUCAUCCUGAUGAAUCAGGGUCGCCUAGAUGAGUCCAAACGCACCUUCCUGACCUGCGCCGAUAUCCCCGAUGAAAACCUGAAGGACCCCCACGCCCACAAGAGCUCCGUCACCAGCUGCUUGUACAACCUGGGCAAGCUGCUCCACGAACAGGGACACCAGGAGGAGGCCCUCACAGUGUUUAAAGAAGCAAUACAGAAAAUGCCAAGACAAUUUGCACCACAGAGCCUCUACAACAUGAUGGGAGAGGCCUACAUCAGACUGAACAAGCUGACCGAGGCCGAACACUGGUACAGAGAGUCCCUCCGAGCCAAGCCGGACCACAUUCCUGCACAUCUCACCUAUGGCAAACUCCUGGCUAUGACGGGGCAGAAAACAGAAGCGGAGAGGUACUUCCUGAAGGCCAUCCAACUCGAUCCCACAAAAGGCAACUGCUACAUGCAUUAUGGUCAGUUUUUGUUGGAAGAUUCGCGGCUCCUGGAAGCGGCGGAGAUGGCAGAGAAAGCCGCACGCCUCGACAGCAAGGAGUUUGAUGUGGUCUUCAGUGCAGCCCACAUGCUCAGACAAGCCAGCCUGAAUGAGGCAGCUGAGAAGUAUUACGGACAAGCAGCGAGCCUGAGACCCAGUUAUCCUGCCGCCUUGAUGAACCUGGGGGCGAUCCUCCACCUCAAUGGGAAGCUACAAGAAGCUGAAGCCAAUUACCUCCGAGCACUUCAACUGAAACCGGAUGACACCAUCACCCAGUCUAACCUGCGUAAGCUGUGGAACAUAAUGGAGAAACAGGGCCUGAGGACCAUGAGCCCCUGAGCUCAGCCUGCCCGCCUACCUGCCAUCUGUACACCAGACUUGGGGGGAAAAGACGGCUCGCACGCUCCUCAUUCUCUCUUCUCAUCCAGGAAAGAUGGAAGAGACUCAGGGAGGAUGUUUGCUCAGAGAGACCAUGACUGUGCCGCACAGCCCUUCUAAUAAUUCCUGAGCUCUGCAUACACCUCAGGCCAGCAGCUUUUCUCAGUAGCAUCGCUCACAGUUUGGCAGGCGCUGCGUGGUAUUUGGACUCCUCAGAACUUUCUUCGAAUUAGUGCUCCCACAGGAACAUCUUCUUUGUUUUUGUUUUUCUUUUAGAACUACAGCACUUAGACUUGAAGUAGGACCAAACAGUGGGUACGUCCUUCAACAUUUGUGAUGAAUUAGGUUUUAUUUUCCAAAAUAAAGAGUUGUUCAGAGAGUUAAAAUUUGCCCCUGAGCAGUGUGAGAUAAGAUAUAAAAGAGUAUCUCAGACCACUGCACUGAGGGCAUUUUCCAUCACAAUUUAAUAAAGUUGUUGGUUUGAUCUCGUUUUCAAUCUUGAUAAUGAAAAAAAAGGCAAUGUGGAGAAUUGGAUAUACCAUCCAACGUCCCCAAAUGAGGUUUAAAUCACAAAAAACUCAGACUCACUUAGAUUACACACACUUCUUCAUAUAAAAAAAAUAAGCACCAUCACUUCAAACCAUUUGUAGCAGAUGUUCUUAUAUUUGGUGAAAACUUGAAAAAGGGAAUUUAAUUUGGUAGCGAGUACAGCACAACAAUAGCCUCUAAAAGCUCCACUAAGGCUGGACUUUGCCAAAUACAGUAUGUUUUGGCAAGAAAACUCAAAAGCAAAGGACUUGUGACUCUGUUCACAUUGGACUGGCUUAUAAUAAAAGGUGUGAGUCUUCUACAGCAGUGUACACAAGCAUACAAGUGGACAUUUUACCACUUCUGCCUCUUGUCCUGCAUUGGCAAGGAGCCAAGUCACCAUGGCAACCCAUUUGUCUGCAACAAUUAAAAGGUAUGAAUUGAAAUAACAAAGAGACUGGUACAGUAGUUUGGUACACGUCUCCCCACACGUUUGAAGUUUUGACAAACAAGUGUGAGGAACUGAAACUGAUGAAAGAGUUUUUCUAACCAAAUACAAAAGCUAUGCCGAUGCACACCUUUUCAUCACGGAACGAUGCACAGACAAAGCACGUCUGAGGGAAAUGUUUUGAUGCCUAUGUUUUUGUUGGAAUAAAACUAAUUUCAUUGUGUUUUGUAUAAAUGAAUCCUAAUAUAUACCUACAUUGUCUAUAGUAUUCAGAAGAUCUUGCAGCAAAAAAGUAGCCAGACUUAACAUGAAAUCUCAGAUACUGAGCAAGUUUGGUUUGUUACAUGAAGUAUUUCCCAUAUGGUCAAAACUCCAGUCUUAAAGUCUCUAUUUGUAUAUAAUCCGUGUAAUUAACAUCUAUUUGUUUGUUUGUUGUUGUCAGCAUACAAUAAGUGAAAGGUCACCUUGCGGGAAGUAAGAAUAUGUACAGUAUUUGAUAUCACUUGUUUGUUAUUGGCCACAAACCUCCUGAGCUUUCUGUGUCCUUAGUCUAAACAUUGUAAGUUAUUGCUGUGCGUUACCUUAGCAACAGAACCAGCUGGCACUGUGUUUUUACAUAUAAAAUGAAGAAAGUUAGCGGAUGUGGUUUCUCAUUGAGAAAAUACAGUUAAGUGGCUAAUUAUUGGUAAAUUCAAAGUAACACCUACAAUGGAAGAUAGAAAUGUUGAAUAUAUAUUUCACGUGUUGCAUUCACUCUGUUCUGUUUUUGACUGUGAUGGUCACUAGUGAUGUGUUCUAUAAGAUAGUCACAGUUCACAUUCACCUCACACACCCCUUCGUCAAAGAGCUUGCUAAGUUCUCCCGUGUAUAUAAAGUGUUUAUGAACAAACACUGAUAAUUGUUAUUGCUUGAGUAAAGAUGUAAAAAAAAAAGUGUUUCACUCUGUGUCUCUGCUCAGGGAUCUCAAGCGGUGGGUUAUUGCAGAAACUUGUUCACAGAGCGUUUACUAAAUUAAAGAUUUAUUUUUGAAAGUUGUAUUUGUAUAAAUUAUCGAGAUUUGUAGCCUUUUUCUCCUUUUUGUAAUAUAAAGAUGAACAAUGUGCCAGAAAAUACUUUUUUUUUCUGAUCAAUGUUGCUUCUUUUUCCACAAUAAA